CUCGCUCUGGAACCAAAACAGUCAAAAUUCAUAUCGGUUCUCUAUUACAGUUUCCUAGUCCACGGAUCUCCAGUUCUGAUAAUCAGUAAAGGAAGUGGAAUCGACCUUCAAGAUCUCAUAUCGUACACUGGAGGAAUUACGGAAAAAUCUGCAAUUUUUUAUACCUCCGAAAUCAUUUGCGGUCUAGAGCACCUUCACGCCUUGCAGAUCGUUCAUUUGGACAUUAAACCUGCUAAUGUACUACUGACUGAUACAGGUCAUGUCAUGAUCUCAGAUUUUGAUCGCUCGUAUGACAUUACGCGCGAGGCAAAACCUCCAACUUCUUUGGAUUUUACUGGAACUGCUUAUUUUAUGGCGCCUGAGAUUAUUCAAAGGAAGGUUAUCACAACGAAAGCAGAUGUGUGGAGUCUGGGUAUCCUCAUGGCCGUAUUAGUGUGCGGCCUGAAACGGCUCAAACCAUCUACUUUAAACGAAAUUACUGAGUCCUCAAAAAGAGGCACAUUGGCAGUCAAAGUUUUUGCCAAUUUUUCAGGACCUCUUAAGUCAUUUUUUAAUGCCUGCCUGCAAUAUCACUAUAGGGGUAGGGCAAGUGUAGCGGCACUAAAAAGACUUCGCUUUUACAAAAGUGUCGAUUGGAACCAAGUAGCUGCUGGUGGGACUCGUCCCCCAUACAAAACUUCCGAAAUUCCUAAACCGGCAUCUCGAAUGGAAUUGAAAGCUGAUCCUCACGACCCUUCAAUUUUGGCGGCUGCCUAUGGCAAGGAUUCCCCGCAGGUGAACGGUCAUUUUCUAUGUAAAAAGGAUGGUAAAAACAAAUGGUUUUUAAGAACGCAUCCUCCAAGUCUCUUCAAGCUUCCAGUUGCACGAAAGGUGCUGAAAAAAGAUAAUGGAUGUAUCACCGACUUUCAUUUUAUAAAUCCCCGCCUCAGUUCUAAUGUCCAUAAAGCAUAA